AUGCAAACCCCACACCAAAAGGCCCCGGAUGACCAGGGGACUCUCAUUUUUCACUGUCUCUGUGGUGCACAGACUGUUACUGCGGGCAGUAGCAGCCAGGAGAAGGAUAAGACAUCAGAUGGGGACAUGAACGGGCCAGUGGGGGAGCCUGAGAAGAACCACUCCAACAGCAGCACGCUGUCAGAUCGACGGCACAGCGAUUCCAGUUUGUGUAGCAUUGAGGAGGAGCACCGCUAUGUAUAUGAUAUGGUGCAUGCCAUCCUGCUGUCCACCAGAGACAACGUGAAUUUUGUCAACGAGGUCUUCCACCAGGCCUUCCUGUUGCCGUCUUGCGAGGCAUCAGCAACCAGGAAGGUCAUCAAAGUGUACAGGAAGUGGAUCCUGCAGGACAAGCCUGGCUUCAUGACAGAGCCCGAGACAACUACCCAGGAAGAUGAGGUGGAUGACCGUUCUGAACAGAUACUCAGCACAGAGGCUGCAAGCAUGCACGUGCAGGCAGUCGAGAGUCAUGGCCACAAACGGUCGUCCAGCUGGGGAAGGACUUACUCGUUUAGCAGUGCCAUCAGUAGGGGGUUUCUCACAGAAGGGCAGAACAGGGACGUCAAGGCUGGCAUCCAGCCCACACUACAGGUGUUCCUGACCAACUCAUCCAAUGUUUUCUUGCUGGAGCCAUGUCAGGAUGUAGCUAAACUCCUGGAAAACCAGGUUGAGGUGUGCAAGGGUGUUCUCAGCAUCUACCGGCACAUGAUCAUGGAGCACACAAUGAAUACACAGACAUGGGAGCAGAUGCUGCAGGUACUGCUGAGGAUCACAGAGGCAGUGAUGAAGAGGCCACUGGAAAACCAAAGAAAAGACAACUUUGCUGAAAGUUUAGCAUCAAUACUUUUUAGGACCAUCAUUGUGGCAUGGGUGCGAGCCAACCUGUGCGUAUUUAUAUCCCGGGAGCUAUGGGAUGAGCUGCUGGCAGUGCUGUCCUCCCUUACCUGCUGGGAGGAGCUGGUGACAGAGUGGGCCAGCAUCAUGGACUCGCUGACGGCUGUGCUGGCACGCUCAGUUUAUGGCCUGGAUAUGGCCAACCUGCCUCUGGACAAACUCAGCGAACAGAAGGAGAAAAAGCAGAGAGGACGUGGUGUGAUCCAGGACUCCCAGAAAGCAGCGGCGGUGGCGCGUUCCUUCUCACUGAGUUGGAGGAACCAAGGGGAGCAGGGCGGGCCAGGAAUUCAGGAGCCCAUGAGGAUUCGCUCCGCCACUACUUCAGGAGCUCCUGGUGUAGAGACAGCCCGUAACAAUGUCCGGCAGAAGGCCUCUGCUAAGCGAAGCCAGUCCAUCAGCAACUGUGUUCAUCUAUACGAGGCUUUGCCUGCUGCUAAAAGCGUUCCUAUGCUGCUCCACACUGUGAGCUCUUUUUUGCCUGGUAUCUCUUCUGGUAACUCUGCUUGCUCUCACAGACUCUCAGAUGUGGAGGAGUGUCAGCUUUCAGAAUGUGGGGGAGAGGAGGAGCUGCGAGGCGGGGAUAGCCCUCUGCCACGUAGCAGCAGCACCUCUGACAUCACCCAACAACUGUCUGACACUUUACCAGCCCAGAAGAGAGAGUACUCCCCUACUUCCUGUGGCUCUGAUAGCAGGAUGUCUGAGGGAAGGAGAGAGAGCAACGAGCCACCAGUGAUCCUCAUCCGGCGGAGCAGCAGUCCAGUGGAGACGGAGUGCAAUGCUGAGGGACACACAAACUAUACAAGACCCAAGCUCAGAGAGAAAAGUGAGAGUAUAAGUAGUGAGACUUCCAACGGUUACCUCAAUGAAGCUGAGGUUACCUGGCAGGCCUUUGAUGAGGAAGCUGACACUCAGUCCACACAGUCAGCCCACAUGGACGUGACUACCGAUCCCCAGAGCCAGGGGAGUCUUCUGCUCAGCCAUAAUGAGGCUCUAGCAGGUCCUGAGUGUGCCCUCCCUCCCCACUCUGCACCCCCGUCCUACCACCACCACAACCACUACCCCCAGAACCCGCCCGCCUCACCAGCCCUGCUGGUGCACACAGAGUGCCCGCGGGACUGCCCCCUGGAUGACACCAUGCAUCAGUCUGUCUUACACAUGCCACACCACUUGGACAGUAGUGAGUGUCUGGCUGAUGAUGUCAGCAUAAUUGCGGGUGGUACCCUGACUGGCUGGCAUCCUGAUUCGGCCUUCGUCUUGUGGAGGAGAAUUUUGGGUAUCCUGGGAGACAUCAACAGCAUCCGCUGCCCAAAAAUUCAUGCCAAGGUCUUCUUCUGUCUUUACGAGCUUUGGCACAAGCUGGCCAAGAUCCGGGACAAUCUUGGGAUCAGUGUGGACAACCAGUCUUCUCCUCCCCAGCCCACCUUCAUCCCUCCUCUUCGAAUGCUGGCCUCCUGGCUCUUUAGGGCCACCAUGCUUCCAGCUGAGUACAAAGCUGGCAAGCUGCAGGCCUACAAGCUCAUCUGUGAGAUGAUGACCAGGCACCAGGAUGUGUUCCCCAACAGUGAUUUCUUGGUGCACCUCUACCAUAUCAUGCACAAGGGCAUCACCAGCAAAGACCAGGAUGUUUUGAACACCAUCAUUCGUUCCUGCUCUCCUCGUUUCUUCUUCCUCGGUCUGCCCGGCUUCACCAUGCUUGUUGGAGAUUUCAUCACUGCUGCAGCCCACGUUCUCAGCUCUGACUCCUCAGAGGCUCCAAGGAUGGAAGCUCAGACAAUACUGGGCUCCCUCGUGUGUUUCCCCAAUCUUUACCUCCAGAUUCCUGUACUGCAGAGUGUGCCUGGUUCUGAUGAUAUCAUUUUAGGCAAUGAGGAUAUCAAGGAUUAUCUGGUUAACAUCCUGCUAGAGACGGCAACAAAGGAACAUUGUGAAGGGGCCAGAUGCAUUGCUGUGUGCAGUCUCGGGUUGUGGGUGUGUGAGGAGCUCAUGCAGAAUAACAUCCAUCACCAGGUGAAAGAUGCCAUCAAUGUUCUGGGAGUAACACUGAAGUUUGGAAACAAGGCAGUGGCUCAAGUGGCAUGUGACGUGUUUCAGCUGCUCAUCUCUCACUGGGAACAUCUCCAGAGGUUGGAGCCCACUCUGCCUAAGAAAAUAAUUGAGAUCUUUGUGGCUACAAUAGCCUUUUUGUUGCCUAGCGCAGAGCACUCAACAGUGGAAGCAGACAAAAAGUUGAUGGUGUCACUGCUGCUCUGCCUGUUGGACUGGUGCAUGGCUGUUCCCCUGAGACUGCUGCUUGAGCCCAUCACCAUGCCUUCCCUGGAGGACCGCACAUCUCACAAGGCCCCGCUGUUGGACUACAUCUACAGGGUGCUUCACUGCUGUGUGUCCGGCUCCAACCUGCACACCCAACAGAGCCACUACCUCCUCAGCCUGUCAGAUUUGUCCACUGACUAUGACCUCUUGUUGGGUCAGGUUAAGAGCUUCGAGCCACUACACUCCCAGACAACCACCACUGACUUCGGCAACCUGCUCACCGUAGCUGAGGAAAAGCGACGCCGGAACAUGGAGCUGAUUCCCCUGACGGCACGAAUGAUCAUGACACACCUGGUGAACCAUCUGGGCCAUCAUCCGCUGAGCGGUGGCCCAGCCCUUCUCCAUAGCCUUGUGAGUGAGAACCACGACAACCCGUAUGUGGAGUCAUCCGAGCUGUCUUCCGAGGUCUUCAAAAGUCCCAACCUGCAGCUGUUUGUCUUCAAUGACAGCACGCUAGUGUCCUACCUGCAGAUCCCGGCAGAGACCCCCACUGUUGGACAGCCCCCUAAACCUUCCUCCCAAGUGCGUGUAAUCGUCCGGGACAUCUCGGGCAAAUACUCGUGGGAUGGUGCAAUCCUCUAUUGCACAACACAGGAAGACUCUCUAAAUGCGGGAGUUUUUAAUGCAGUUGAUCGCCAUCUUUCUACUACUUCUACUACUGUUGCUCACAGCAGAAACCAGCCCAACUCUCCAACAAAGGGACCAUACAAAAAUCAAUGCUCCGUAUUGGACUCCCUCUCUGACUGCUGUGAGGAGGAAGAGAUAGAUAUUUUGAAUACACUUUUGGAGGACCUAGGCCAAAGCAGCCCAGAAUGCCUGCCCCAGCCACAACUCAGGCUCAACCAGCCAGCCCCCUCACCCCAUGGCAUGAACCUAGAGCAAGAGAGCGCCAUCCUAGAGGCCAUUCUGCGUCAGACUCAGCAGGAGGAAGAGCAAGUAAGGAGGUGGGAUGCUGAUGUAAGUUUUCGGGCAGCCUGCCAGAAGGAACCUUCCCACCAGGAACCAAAAGCUCCUUUCUACUUCUGCCGGCUGCUGCUUAAUGACCUUGGCAUGAACUCCUGGGACCGCAGGAAAAGUUUCCAUUUGUUGAAGAAAAACUUCAAACUGUUAAGGGAAUUGAAGAACUUGGAUUCCAGGAAGUGUCGAGAGACACACAAGAUUGCUGUGUUCUACAUUGGAGAGGGCCAAGAGGACAAGUGCUCCAUCUUGUCGAACAGUGCAGGCAGCCAGGCCUAUGAAGACUUUGUUUCUGGACUUGGAUGGGAGGUGGAUCUGGCCACACACUGCGGAUUUAUGGGUGGCCUCCAGAGGAAUGGCAGCACAGGUCUAACGGCUCCUUAUUAUGCUACCUCCACUGUGGAAGCCAUCUUCCACGUCUCCACUCGUAUGCCGUCUGAUUCUGAUGACUCCCUCACCAAAAAGCUGCGUCACCUGGGAAAUGACGAGGUGCACAUAGUGUGGUCAGAGCACACCAGGGACUACAGACGUGGCAUCAUCCCAACUGACUUUGGAGACGUGCUGAUUAUCAUCUACCCAAUGAAGAACCACAUGUAUUUCAUCCAGAUCAUGAAGAAACCACAGGUUCCUUUUUUCGGGCCUCUGUUUAAUGGCGCCAUCAUCACUGGGAUGCUGCUGCCAAGUUUGGUGCGGGCCACCUGUAUCAACGCCAGCAAAGCUGUUAAGUCCCGGCUGACUCUCUACCAGAGCUUCUAUGAGGAGCGGGCUCUCUACUUGGAGGCCAUUGUUCAGAACCACAGAGAGGUCAUGAGCUUCGAAGACUUUGCCUCACAGGUCUUCUCUCCCUCUCCUGGCUAUCCAAUGAGUGGGACAGCGUGCAGGCGUUGGCCAGGGAUGGUUUGGGACAUGGAGUACCCCUGGGCCAAACUGGACUGCUCCUUCACUGGCAGUGCAAGCACCGAAGCCGGAAACACCGCAGGAACGACAGACAACGUCGACCAGGUUUCUCCCACAAUGCCCCGUGCCACAAAGAACCGAGUUUCUGGAAAACUCCGCCGAUCAGCCAGCGCUAUAAGCAAAUCCUCCAACUGAGCUCUUCAACCCAAACCCCCCCAAGUGCAGCCUUUAAUCUUUUCUUGAAGAACAUCACACACCCAGCCGUGACUGCAAGAGUUUCUUUCUUUCCUUUGGUGUUUUAUUUUGUGUCAUAUAAACAUUCAACUGGAGCAUAUUGCAAUUUUUUAUUUAAGUGGCAAUCAUUGAUUUUGUUGAUACAUUUCCUUUUGUUGUGGUGUUUAACUGCUUAAUCGAGAUGAACUUUGACUGAGCUAUUUAUGUUCACCCUGGUGGUUUCAGCUUGAGAAUCCGAAGCGUAGGUAGCCUUGACUCAGAAGUCUUAAUGCAGCCUGUGAUUAAAAUGUCAUUUUUAUUCUCAUUUUCUAGUGCAGUCUUGAUGCGCUAGAAAAUAAACGUUCUUACUAUAGUAAGGGAAUGGAUCUGCUUCACUGUUUCUGUAUCCUCUAUUUCCAAACUUAAUCUGACAAAGCACUGAAUGACAAAGCUAUAAAUGGCAUCAUGCUAUAACUGCACAAAAGAUUGGUAUCCAUUGAUAAAUGUGUCUGCCUUUCUUUUUUUUUUUUUUACCUUCAACUGCACCUGCCACCACCUUUCCGUGUCAAAGAUAACCACUUUGGAUGGUGACAGGAGGAGGACUUUGUCCUGCUCGUUAGCACCAAUUUGGACCAUGUUCAUGGACCAUCUCCCUUACACUGAAAAGGAGAAGAGGCUGAUCCAUGGGGAAAGCCUCCCCAGAACGAUUUGUACUCAAUGCACUACUACACAGACUUCCUGGGAACAUAGUCCCUGCAGUAUGUGCAGUCUGAGGCUUUUUAAUUGUUUUGAACCCAGAGUGGACAAUCAAUGACGUCUUUCUAACUUUAGCUGAACAGAAAUUUGUUUGAGUUUUCUUGAUCACUUUUCAUUUUUAAAUGAAUUCCGAUGGAUUGUGUCAUGAUUUGAUUUAUGCAACUCUGCUGGAAUGAGGAAAGACUGUUUGUAAUUGUUUUCUGAUGUCGUUAACAUAGGCUCAUGUCCCGGUAAUUGAAUAAGUUCCUUCUGUCUCUUUCCUCUGCUAUCAGUUUCCCUGUGCUGUGAAGUUAAAGACAUCGACAUUC